AUGGCAACUGUUCUAUCAAUAUUAUGGACCCUGGAUCCAUUCAUACGUUUAUCAGACAUCACGAGUAUAUAUCAUAAUGAUAAAAAAUCACCGACAGCCUUAGAAAACUUGAAAAACAAGCUAGAUACAUUAAUUGACGAUGGAACAUGGGAAUUCACUGACAUCAUUGAACAUGAUUACGCUCAUGCACAAGUAAUUGACUGCUUAAAAUAUUAUAUCACCGGUUACUUGUGUUUUCAAAUUGGCAAAAAGACACAAUGUGUUACAUGCAAGCAAGCAUUUGUCACACACUUGCCACCUACAAAUAAUGUUAAUGCAGCAGAAUUAACAAACUUAAAAUCAAAAGGAAAACUUACUCACCCAAAUAUUAUAUUUUUUAAAUUCAUAAGUGCUGUAGAAGAUUGCUUUAUGAAAAAUAUUAAGAGCCCAGACGUCUAUAAUAAAACUGUAGAUGAUUUAAUUGAACAUUUUCAAAGAUUUAAUUUUCCAUGUCCCAAACACAAAUAUGAGAUUUUUGCCUAUGCAAUUAAGUAUUACUUGAGUAUGCGAAUGAAACAAUGGUCAAGAACAGUGAAUCGGGAAAUUGUUAAAACGAACACAAAGAAGAAAAAACUAGCAAAAUUUUGUACAACAUAG